AUGGAGCCUAGCUUCUUAAAUCGUUGCUGCAUCGGUCUAGGUUUCCUCCUCUUGACCGCGGCGCUACCACUAGCGCAUGCAGGUUGGCCGUAUAUUCUCACAUUCGAUUUAAUCAAGACGUUUCCGCAUGACACGUCAGCCUUCACGGAGGGUUUGUUGUUCGUGAGCCAUAAUGCGAGCGGAGGAAGAAGCAGCGGGGAAGGAAUCUUCUACGAAUCCACUGGGAUGCGUGGACAGUCAACUGUGAGAGAAGUUGAUGUCGCCACAGGAAAGGUGCUAAAACAAGUGCCUCAGGGCGCGCAGGUGUUCAGUGAAGGGCUUGCACUUGUCAACAACAGGCUGUUUCAGUUAGCGUGGCAGGUGAAAACGGGGACAAUAUACAACCGCAAAAGCCUGCAGAAGAUUGGCAGCUUCCGCCACCAGAUGACGGACGGGUGGGGCCUAUCUACAUACAACCAAUCGUUGCUGGUUGGCUCCGAUGGCACCUCCUACAUCUACUUCAUCAGCGCAACCACCUUCAAGACGCUGCAUAAAGUGAAGGUGAUGGAUGGUGGCACGCCUAUAGCAUGGAUCAACGAGUUGGAAGUGCGGGGUGGGCUUAUCUAUGCCAAUGUGUGGCAGACGGAUUGCAUUGCAGUGAUAGACCCGUUGUCAGGGCGAGUGGCGGCGUGGAUGGACCUGCAACGCCUGCGGGCGCUAGCGGCAGCGCAGGUGAAGGCCAAUCAGCAGUUUGAUGUGCUGAACGGCAUUGCAUGGGAUGCACAGCAGAGACGCCUCUUUGUCACAGGGAAGUACUGGCCUCUGGUGUUCCAGAUUGCUCCCAAGACUAUCAUGGGAUCAACUCCUGAUGACGUGGCAGCCAUUCGGCUGAGGUGCCACCCACAGGUGUACAGGAGAUGA